CAGGGUGGAAUCCAGGGAGAGCCGGUGGCCGGGAGCAUGAUCCCGGAGGAGAUCCAGAGACUCCUGGAAGAUGCUGAGAGUUACCUGGUGGAUGGGCUGCAGAAUGAGAACCUGAGUGCGAAAGCACGGGAGCAGAGGGAUGCAAUUCUCUUCGGCUUCCAGCAAGUCAAAGCCAGGUAUCGUUUGGAAUUUCUGCCCCGAGGAGAGGAUCYGCAUGAUGCUUCCUUUGGACGGGACAGUUCCGAUGAAAAUCAAAGCUGGAGUUUGGCCCCUUCCAUGACAUCUGACGUUUCCCUUCCAUCAGACUUCCAGGAUGAGGGGCUGGAGGAAGCCGUACCGAGACCCGUCCAAGAUGUGGGGAGCAUCCUGAAGCAAGGAUACUUGGAGAAGAGGUCCAGAGACCAUGGCUUUUUUGGGUCCGAGUGGCAGAAGCGGUGGUGUGUCCUCRACAGAAAGACCUUCUACUACUACACGAAUGAGAAAAGCAAGCAACCUAAAGGCACUUUUUCCAUCGAGAACUAUAGUGCCCGACUGGCUUCCCACCUCCGCAAAGACUCUCGGAGAAAAUGCUGCUUUGAGUUAGUCUGCCCUGGCAAGCGCACCUACGAGUUCACAGCCCCCAGUGCAGCCGAGGCCGAGGACUGGGUGGACCAGAUCCAGUUCCUGCUCAAGGACCUGAUCUCCCUCACUAUCCCGURUGAUGAGGAAGAUGAGGAAGAUCCCUACAAUGACGUGGACAGUUCCGACUCUCUGAAUACAGCAUCCCACAAUACUGCCCCAAAUCAGGAUGAGCCGGAUGAUGGGAUGGGAGACGAUGACAUCUAUGAGGUUUUGCCAGAGGAGGAGCCGGAUCCCCCCUUCGCAGAGGACACCGAGGAUGCCGGGAGCAGAGGGAGGAAUGGAACCCCCCGCAGGGACUUGGCCAACUAYUACCAGGGCGUGUGGGACUGCAGCAGCGAGCACCCCGACGAGCUCUCCUUCCGCCGCGGGGACCUCAUCUACGUGCUGAGCAAGGAGUACAACGUGUAYGGCUGGUGGGUCGGUGAGCUCGACAGCGCCGUGGGCAUCGUCCCCAAGGACUACCUGGUGGCCGCCUACGAGCUGGAGGGGCGCUGA